UCUCUUUCUCUCUCUCUCUCUCUCUCUCUCUUUUUCUCUCUUUCUCUCUCUCUCUUUCUUACUCUCAGUCAAAGGAGGGAUUCUCCGUAACCAGCUGUAGCCUAAUGUGAUCCUCACUUCUCAUCACCAUUUCAUUGAUGUUCUCUUGUUUUUAGAUGUAUUUUCUCUCCUGAAUUAAAUUCACUCUGCUGCCGAUGUCACAGCUGACAUCCAGUGAUUGGAUGCUACCAAGGUGCACAAGGGGUGGAGGAACUGGAAGAGAACUUUUAAGGCUGCUGUCAGUGCGCCUUUUCCUUCAAUCUACACACAUUGGAUUGGUUCAUUUGCUGUUGAGAUCCUAGUCAACAAUGGAGGGAUUUCUGUUGUAGUGGAUGACUCAUUUAGGUUAUUUUUCCCCACGAGACUGUUGGAUAUCGAUUUCUUUUUUCUUUUGUUCCACCUGCGUGUUUCAUCUCUCAGAUACUCUGUAGAAUCUGUUGGGACUUUUAUGGAGUGUGAAAUUUUUGCAGUAAGUGCGAAGUUUGGAGGAGCUAAGUGAUAGAAAGCAUGGCUGAUGAAACUGCAACUGAGUAUUAAACCCUUCUGUCCGGGGAGGUAAUCCAGAUAUGACCACAGUAUCCAUGGAGCCUGUAGGAGUCCUCGUGGAAAGGGGCGCCAAUGCCACCGAGCCCCCUCUGAAUGACACAGCCCAUGAGGACUCAGCCGCCACCUUUACCAUUGGCACCAUUCUGUCCAUCAUGUGCCUUGUUGGAGUCUCAGGAAACAUCUACACCCUGGUGGUCAUGUGCCACUCUAUGAGGACUGCAGCUUCUAUGUACAUCUACAUCAUAAACUUAGCUUUGGCAGAUCUGCUGUAUCUUCUCACAAUACCCUUUAUAGUCUACACACACUUCCUAGAGGUAUGGUACUUUGGGGACAUAGGGUGUCGGAUUCUGAUCAGCAUGGACUUUCUGACCAUGCAUGCCAGCAUCUUCACGCUGACAGUCAUGAGCACAGAGCGCUACUUUGCUGUGCUCAAGCCACUCGACACAGUCAAGCGGUCCAAAAGUUACCGGAAGGCGAUCGCUCUGCUGGUCUGGGCUGCAUCUCUUGUCCUCACCCUACCGAUGAUUGUGAGGAUUCAGCUUAAGACCGCAGGCAACAAGGCUAUGUGUCAGACCACCUUAUCACCACUCUCCUACAAAGUUUACAUCUCUUUACUGUUUUGCACUAGCAUUGUCGCCCCAGGACUGAUUAUUGGCUAUCUCUACAUCCAGCUUGCGCGCACUUAUUGGGUUUCACAGACGGAGACCUUCAAACAGACCAAGAAGCUUCCCAAUCAAAAGGUGUUGUACCUGAUCUUCACCAUCGUGCUCCUCUUCUGGGCAUGCUUCCUGCCCUUCUGGAUCUGGCAUCUGCUGGGUCAAUUUCACCCCUCACUGUCCCUGUCCACCAAAGCCAAACGUAACAUCAACUACCUGACCACGUGUCUGACGUAUUCCAACAGCUGCAUCAACCCUUUUCUGUACACGCUACUCACCAAGAACUACAAGGAGUACCUGAGGAAGCACAAGCGUUCCUGGACAGCUGGCAGCUACUUCAACAGGAGGAGUCGUUUUCAGCGUUCGCCACGCAGGUCGCCAUCUUCCAGCAGUCAGCAGUGUACAGAGAGCUUUAUGCUCACGCACACAGCCUCCCUGCGAGCACAUAACAGCAGUUUGUAAGAUAUGACAUGCUGUGCUUGCUGAGGAUGAAGAAGAUAGGACAGGAAGAACCUGUUGGAGGUGAAACAAACAGCAGACCUUGACCUCCUCAUCACCACGGCUACGAAAGAUGAUGAAGAUUGACGUUAUCUUUGUAUUUGCAGUUCAAUAUGUGUGGACACGAUAGCAUUGUAUGAGCACCAGCAGGAGCUGAAUGAGAAGCAGAUGUGGACACCCUCAUAUGAAGUGGACACCCUCAUGUCUGUAUAUAUUUGUCACUCCCAGAACUUCCUGUGGCAUGAGGAGAAUGAUCACCGUCUUACAUAAAACAGAGACUUUUCAACUUUUAUUCUUUCUCUUAUGUUUACCCUCUGUCCCUGAAACUGUCUUUGAAACUGGUAUUUCUUAGUGAUGGAGAAAAGUUGGCAACAGGAGAGUAAUGCUGCUGAAGCACAGGUGAGGGCAACUUUAUCGAAGCAUCAGUGGUUUGAUUUACACAACAAAAAAAAAAAAGGAAACAAUGUUGUAACAUCAGUCAAGCUGAAGUGAAAAAUAAUCUGGCUUGUGAUGUUUUUUUUAUUCCAUGACUGUAGCUGUAGCAAUAUGACUGCUUUUAGAGGACAUCUGGAAUGUUCAUGUUUUAAACAGUGAGGCAGUGUUCAGACAGAAAACAGUGUUGCAGGCCCACCCCCACCACCCCCCGCAGUCGUCUAAUGGGACCACCAUGUCUCCAGAAAAUGUUUAAAUAAUCAUCUAUAUAUGCAAAAGUGCAUUUCUCGAAGAUUAUUAGUGACGAGAAUACCAUAUUUCUGCAGCCCUUCCAUUUUUAACAGUGCUGUUUUCGGUCUGAACGCCCAAUGAAGUUGGACAUAUUUUUUCAAUAAAUCUCCAAAAAGAAGACCAAAACUAACAUGACAGUCAACAGCCAUGCUAACAGCUCUGUAAGAUUGUACUCAGGCAGCUAAAUGCCAGCAUGCAUACAUGCUCACAAAAUGUCAAUGUUGUGAAAAGGUCUAUUUUGACUCACCCCAUGAUAUUUUCUGAAAUUUAUUUAAGUAGUUUUGUUGCCCAAACUUACUAAAGAUAAGUCAACAAACUAAAAAUUGUCUCACAGGGAAGUUGAACUCCAGUUUCCCAGGAGAAAGUUCCAUGUGUAACCCAUUUAUUCAACUCAAGUUCUUCCCCAAACAUGGAAUUUGUCGCUCUUUACUACGUCACCUGACAAGUAUGGACGCCUGGACCAGCCUAGUCACUGAAUGUCUUGCCAAGAAAAGCAGUGGGAUUCAUAAUUAUGAAAAAGUACUUUGGUCAUAAACCAAAUUUUCCAAUCCAAUUUUGCCCUGAUGAUGGAGCUACACAAAAAGCCAGAAAGUUGUGAGGGGAUUUUCUUUUUCUUUUCUUUUUUUAUUCUAGCACGCCAUAUAAAGGUUACACAGGGUCAAGCAUAUGUCUUGAAGUCACUGUGGGAUAGUGUUAAAUCUUAGUUUGUUAUUGGGACACUGACUUCUUCUUGAGAUACAGAGCAGCUGUAUGUUUGUGUUUAUGAAAGAAGGUGCUAUUUUGAUCAUUACUAUGGUAACCAACGUUUCUAGACUAAUGACGAAUUGGCAAAUACCUUAUAAUGUAGAUGCAUUUUAUUUAAAAUUGAGUUUGCAUCAUGUCUUGACAAGCAUAUUGAUAAAUCUCCAUUCUCCUUGGCCAGACUGCAAUAAACCAUUCAGCAUAAGACUCCUGUGCACUUUCUCUACACUGACUGAUCAUUGACAACAAAAAUCAGCAAAGUUUAGAGCAAAAGUCAGCAAAAGAAACUGUUGGUUUUGGUCUUCUCAGGUGAUUUUCUUGACUUGGGAAUGGAAGUAAAGAGAAACACAGCCUUAUCCUGCAAAACAAGGUGUUCCUUCAAUCCUUGAAAACAUCACAACCUUGCUUUGAACUGAAAGUACAUUGUAAAAAAAAAAAAAAAAAAAAAAAA